AUGAAGGGUGGGGGAGAAGAUCUGAAUAGAAAAGUAUAUUCCUUCGCAACAGCCGUUCCUCCGACCUCCAUAACCACCAGUUCAACUUUUCAAGAAAUUAAAGAUUCAAUCUUCCCCUGUCCAACCACCAUCCCUACACCGCCCAAUACAAUAACCACGAAUUCGUCUUCCUCAACAAGCCACCACCAAUCUCCCCCGACUCAUCCACCAUCGUCUAGUUCAUAUCCGGAUCCUUCAACUAUUCGGCUCGGUUCAUCCGACUACUGUUGUCUAUCUACCAUCCAAGAAGCCCAUAUUUUCUUCAUCUCGACUGUUCUGCGCCUUAAAAACCUUUGCGCUGAAUGGGAUUGGUUUAUUAAUCUCUCUGCUGCUGACGACCCAAUUGUUACUCAACAUGGGUUUAUAUGUUCCAUGUAA